UGAUGAUGAUGUUGGGUCUGUAGUCUGCAGUCGCAUCAGCGCACAUCUCACACAUUCACACAGAGGAGCUUCACAGACCGGCGAGAUGUGGAGGAUAGUGGAGCUCGUGGCGUGUUUGCUUAUGAUGUCCAAUCAUGUAUCAUCUCAGAGCAAGAUCUUCGGGGAGGAACAAGUCCGCAUGACAUCAGAGGGAUCCGACUGCCGCUGUAAAUGCAUCAUGCGGCCUUUGACCCGGGACGCAUGCGCUCGCUUGCGGACAGGAAGUGUGCGCGUGGAGGAUUUUUACACGGUGGAGACGGUGAGUUCCGGAGCCGACUGUAAAUGUUCCUGCACGGCUCCGCCCUCCUCUCUCAACCCCUGCGAGAACGAAUGGAAGAUGGAAAAACUCAAGAAACAGGCGCCAGAACUGCUCAAGCUGCAGUCCAUGGUGGACCUUCUGGAAGGAACUCUCUUCAGUAUGGACCUACUUAAAGUUCACUCGUACAUCAAUAAGGUGGUGUCUCAAAUGAACAACCUAGAGGAGAUGAUAAAGAUGAACCUCUCUCGGGAGAAUGACUUUGUGAGAGACAGUGUGGCAACUCUGACCAACCAGCUACGGCAGUAUGAGAACCAUUCUGACAUCAUGAUGAGCAUAAAGAAAGAACUGUCCAAUCUGGGCCUUCAGCUGCUGCAGAAAGACUCCACCGCCUCAGGCCCUAAAAGCAAAGCUCAGGACACACUGGGGACAAAUAUUAAAGAUGCUUCAAAGUUUCCAGCAAAGAAACCAGAAAAGGGGAAACCUCCACCAAAGCCAGUAAAGGAAAAGCCGGCCAAGCCGAAGAAAGAGACCGCAAAACCAAACAAGCCCGGUAAACCAGAGCAAACAGAACUGCCCAGUAAAACCAAACCAUCACAGAACCAGCCAGGACUCAUCCGGGGAAUCACAUACUACAAAGCCACCAAAACGGAUGAGACAGGCAACCAAAAAGAGAGACCUGAUGAAACGGAUACGUUGCUUGAGGUAGGGGUAGAGGAAGAGGAAAGUACCAUAAUUCCCGACACCUUAGUAACAGAGACAACCCCGGCAACUGUACCCAUGACAAUGACAACAACAACCACUCCUCCCACAACAACCCAGAGGGUGACAACAACCAGCAGAACAAUAUACAGAGAGGAGCGACCAGCUCCAACCAUUGCACUAGUGCUGGACAAUACCAGUAACAACUCAUACAUUGCAGUUAAAGAGCAAAGCUGUGAAGGGACGCUGGCCUCCGUUGAUCUGCCGGUCAAGCAGCACAGUUACGGUAGGAAUGAGGGCGCAUGGAUGAAGGAUCCCACCGCCAAAGACUCCAAAAUCUACGUCACCAACUAUUACUACGGCAACAACCUUGUGGAGUUCCGGAACUUGGAUAACUUUAAACAGGGCCGUUGGAGUAACCUGUACAAGCUGCCUUAUAACUGGAUCGGAACGGGUCAUGUUGUGUACAGAGGAGGGUUUUACUAUAACCGAGCCUUCACGAAGAACAUCAUCAAAUACGACCUCAAGCAACGGUUUGUAGCCGCCUGGUCUCAGCUCCACGACGUCGUCUAUGAAGACACCACACCUUGGAAGUGGAAAGGCCACUCUGAUAUUGACUUCGCCGUGGACGAGAACGGACUUUGGGUCAUUUACCCAUCUGUUGACGAUGACUACGGACAGGCCGAGGUCAUUGUAGUCAGUAAACUAGAUCCUAAUGACCUGUCUGUCAAAAAGGAGACCACGUGGAGGACAAGACUGCGAAGAAAUUCAUUCGGGAACUGCUUCAUAAUAUGUGGCGUCCUGUACGCGGUGGACAUUUACAAUCAGCGGGAAGGGGAGGUUUCGUAUGCGUACGACACGCUCACGGGGGCCGAGGCAUCUCCGAGUUUACCGUUCAUUAACGAAUACGGGUUCACCACACAAGUCGAUUACAACCCGAAAGAGAAGGUUCUGUAUGCCUGGGACAAUGGACACCAGCUCACCUAUAACAUCAACUUUGUAGAGCAAGAAAAUAAAUAAAAUCAGACUUUAUCAAUUUUAUCUACUCAAAGCAAAAGCCACUUCCUGAUUGUAACUGCCUCAUUGGUUCCACUGACAAAUGCUCUUUUGAAACGGUGAAUCGUCUCCUAAUAGACUUUAAUAGACAUUUGUUAGAUAUUAUAUAAGAACAAAGGGAUUACAUAACCGCUGCUCUAGAAUUCACUACCAGAUCUAGAAUCCUGUCGAACGAAAUCUAAAGGCCCUUUCACAUGAUUCACAUCAACAUUCUCAAUGCAUUAAGCUACUCCCAGCUUCUUGUUGUGCACAGGUUGACCCAUAUUGACACAUUUUGAAUUAGCAUACAAUUACACAACGCUUACAAAAGUUAACCAAUUUCAUCUUCACUCCACAUGCCGCUGAAAGCAUGAUUAUUGAAAACUUUGUAUAACGUCCCUUUUUUUUUUUGCUACUUAAAACAGGAUAGGUUUUCGAAUUUGCACAUAACACUUGUCCUAACAUCCAAUUAAGUUCUAAUACGACUCAUGUGAAAGGUUCUAAAGUGUUCACAAUUGACCCUUCGCAAAAACCCAAUGCUGUUGCUGUGUCCGACAAGCCAUGGCGGUCUCAUUUUUAGCGGCACAUGAACCGAUCAUCUCUUUCUCUUCACUAGUUAUAGCAUGAAAUUAACAUGAAAGAACAUCAGAAGGUAUCUUGUUUCAACUGUGGAAAGACGACAAUGCACACCAUUUUUCAAGUUCAAGUCUGACGUUAAUCUACUCUCCUACCUGGUUUGUUUGUCCGACAAAAAUGGUAGAUUCGGCGUAAUGAUUGGACAGAUCGCCUGUCAAUCAAACUCCUUUCGAAGGGUCAAUUACAACUUCUAGAACUUUGAGAUCAUUUUACUCUGUAUUAAAAAGCCCUUACAAAUGUUUACAUAAUUUACACUGUCCUAAUCAGGCAUGUUGCAAUAAAGCAUCAUCAAACAAUACAAUUUUUGUAUAUAAUACAUUUUAAUAAUUACAUUUAAAUAUAAAAUUAAUAAAGUCAAAAUAUCUAAAAAUCUUAAAACAUUAUAACUUUACUUAAGAAGCAUCACUGGAUUAAUUUUUUUAUGGAUUAGAUCUUAAAUACAAGUGUAUUUUGUCUUGUAAUUCUUACAUUUCUACCUGUUUUAAGAGUAAAAAAAGUUUAAAAAAGUGAAAAAAAUCUGCUGCGGUAAAACAAAAUACAUUUAUAUUUCAAAUAUAAUGUAUUUUGCUUCUCCAAUGAAUUGAUCUUGUUUAAAGGAUAGAUAUUUUAACAGGUAAAUUAGACAAAAACAUAUAUUAAGAAAAGUAUAUCAAGCAGCGAAUCUCACUGGUCUGAAAUCCUGCUGGUGACAAAUGUCUUAUUCAUCGCUCCUGGUUAGGACAUGUGUAAACCAUUAAGUUAAGAGUUUCGUGACUUGCUCUUCUUUAACACAAAUAAAAGCUUGUCAUGCCAACCACACCAACAACAUAACAUAACCUCAUGUUUCAUGUACCUGUAAUGAUAUUUUAUAAACAUAACAAGCAUUCUGAAGGAAAAAUGUUAUAUGUUUUAUAUGAAAAUUGUCUUCCAGUGUUUCGGCCCAUAUAGCCUCAGCGGACUGGUAAAGCAUGACAUCAUAAUGGAGAAAGAAUGCUUUGUGUGCUAAUGGGAGCGUAUGAUUAUGUUUGGGAGUCUCUUCAACGACUGGGAAGGGUUAUGUAUAGAAUGUUUAUAACAGGCAGGUUGUGCGAGGAAAGCCUGACGCAUACGGAUACAUAUGUCAUGUAUAAACAGUUUAACGGUCUUUAGAAUGUUGUUUUAUAGCAGUUUGUUGUCCUCGUGCCCUCUGUAAAUAGCAGAAUAUUUUUUAUUUUGUUUUGACUGAGUUUUAGAAACACAAUCUUCCCAAGAGGAAGAGAUUUCUUUAACUCUGUCAAUGCAGCAUGUCUGAUUUUAAUAAACUCUAAUUGGAUUUUGUUAAAUGUGCAUUUGGUAUUGUGAAAUAUAUUUCUAAACAGAUUAAAAAGACUUCUGGGAUGGAAGUGGGAGUAGUUUCUGGUUUGUGGGAUCGUGUGGGUUUUGUUAAAG